AUGCUAUCCUCUCUCAAAAACCAGUGGUGGUCAACCAGCGACGGCUCCACCUUCCUGCCUACACAGACCUCAUCUGCCGUAACUGCUUCAUCUCCGUCUGCCGACUCCUCAGCGACCUCAGCGAUACCCUCUACUAGUACCUCUACGUCUUCUGCGACGGCAGCCUCCAGCGGCCCCGCGCAGACUUCGCCCAUACCAUCUAGCGCCACCGUCUCCGGUCCUGGAUCCCUCACGUCUACCUUCACGACCUUCACCACAUCUGUGCCUAUCACUGUCUCCGAUCCAUCUACGACAUUUACUACGUUUUCUCAAUCUACGAUCACCUCUUCGCGCGUCUUCACCGCGUUUCCCGACACCCAGACCGUCCAAGCCGCCCUCCUCGUGGAUCCCGUCUGCAUAGGCGACGGAAUAGACGCGUCUUCGCUCGGGCUGCUAUCCGCCCUUGUUGUUCCGUCUGUUAUUGGCUUAUUGAUAUGGUUAUUGUUUGCUAUUCUACGCCCUCGCUAUCGACAAGUGUAUGGUCUUAGAGAAUGGUUCGUGCAGCAAAGCUUCCGGCCUAAGCCAUUGGGCCGGUCCUUCUGGGCGUUUCUGUUUCCCAGCGUCCCCCUAGUUCCCUCUCUCCCUUCGGACGUGUCCGACGCAGGUCGGUCACCCGCAAAGGAUGCGCUACUAUUCCCCUCCGAUGAGCAACUCAGCCAACGCAUUCUGUGGAUCUGCACCCUUAUCGCGGCCGGCUGGACGGUGCUCGCACUCGCAGGCUUCCUCCCUCUAUAUAUGGUCGACACCCCAUGCCUCGCGCAUUCCAUUCCUCAACCUCGCUUCACCGGGGUAUACUCCGUUCUGCAAGACCUCAGCCUCCUCCGUCUCCUCCAUUUGCUCGACGCGGGUCAGGUGACCACGACCACCCUCAGCGUCGCGCUCUUUCCGCGCGAGAUCGUGGACGGCACCGACGAGGCACCAAAGGCGCGACUCCGCAUCAUCAUCGCCACCGUGCUCGCUAUCGUACUCGGCCUGCUCCCCGUGCUGUGGAAGGUCCUGAAGGAGUUUAACAGGACGGUGGCGUAUCGCGAGCGGUGGAUGGAGGUGCGCUGUCAGGGCUUCGAGAUGGGGUGGCUGAGUGCGCGGCGCGCCCCGGGCUUUGUGGGAUGGGGCGAGAAGCAGCUGAAGGACCACCUUGUGAAGAUGGGGCUCAGCUCCUGCUUAGACGCGGCCGACAGAAAUGCGCGCUCCAGGCGUCGCAGACGCGCGCAGGAGCUCAACAACGAGGAGCAGAGCAACUUUGAAAUUGACGUUCAAUCGCUUUUCUCAAUCGGUGAUACUGGGCACCUUGCGCUCCUCAUUGACGAGCGGGACGAGGUCUUGGAGAACCUCGAGGUUGCGGAGACUAAGUACAUCCAAAGCUUCCGCCUCGAAACUCCCGAUCCGUCUGUACUUGACUGGGAACCACCCGUACCCCCACCGAAGGAGGAGCCUGAGGGUCCACCCCGGCCUCCCAUCAGUCGGCCCCUUCCGCUCGCCAGCUCCGCAAGCCACCGCCGCAGACGUCGAGGUAGGAACCCUGCGUAUGGAUCGUCGUCGCUGCCACCGACAUCAUACGUGAUGCCGUACCAAUUCUACAAGAUCACCGAUCUCGGAGGCAUUUCCGGUGGUCAAUUCACUGACCCAGAAAGGGACCUGCCUUCCUCGGCCUCCCGCCGCUCCCUUCAGCCCAGCUUCACGGACAGCGUCAGCAAGCGCGUAGUCGGCAGUCGAUUCCAGGAAGUUAACCGCAACUCCGCGGCAUACGGGCGCCUUCCUCUGGGCAGCCCGCUCAAAGUUGACCACAGCGGCGAGCUCACACCCGUCACGGAGGUCACGCACGUAACUGACGACGGGCCCGACACCGAUCCGGUUCCAUAUGGGUACGAUCAAACCAGCUCGUGGGACACGUCGGGCUUUAGAGGCAGCGUCCCGCCGCAGGAUUGGCUGCAGCACCCGCACCAGCACCCAGACGUCAUUCCCGAAGACGAGGAACCAGAGGAGGGGUGGCACGAUGUCAUGCAGGAAGACCCAGAGGCGUUCGAGAACGCCGAGGAGUAUCCGGUCGAGGCACGCCGCCGCCCGCGUCCGCCGCGCACACGGAACGGCGCGGGGGCCCCCGUCGAUGAGCACCGCGAAACGUUCCCAAUGCGCAACCGCGCGGCGGGGGCGGGGACACCGGACAUACCUCCACCGCAUUUACGCCUGCAGCCGCACCAGCCAUACGUGCGCCCGCUCUCCGGGAUAGACCACGCUGAGCUAAGUAAAAUAUACCGAGACAUCAGACGCUGUCGAGGGGCGCUCAAGGCUAUCAACACUGAAAUCGCUGAGGUGCAGCGGGAGUGUUACAACGACAUCGCGGAUGGCGCGAGGAUCAAGGGCUGGCUCAUGGUUGGACGCGGAUUGAGGUAUCUCCCUGGCAUCCAGCUCAUCGAAGGACGUGCGAAGGAGGAUAUUCGUUGGGAUGAGCUUCAAAGGGAGGGCGACUGGUCGCGAGAUUUGAUAUGGUGGCUGGCAGUCAUCAUGGUUGCUGUUUUGCUUGGUGUUGGGCUCACCGCGGUAUCUGGACUGGCAGUGGCACUCGCCCCGGACGUGGCUCACUACCUCCCUUUCCUCAUGCCGAUCGUCACUGGACACCAGCUCGGAGGUGGGAUCGCCUCAAGCUUGGCCGCUGCAGUCGCCGCAAUACUUUUCAUUUCACUGGCCUUCCUCAUCCUCCACCAACUCACCCCGUUGUCUCGCACGGUAUCGAUAUCGGGCUCCCAGCUACUCCAAUUCAAGACCAUGUUCUACGUGCUCUUGGGGGUGGCAGGCAUAUGGCUGUUUGCCACCGGCGCCAUCCUCUUUUCCAUCAACGCUUUCAGCCUCGGUCUCGAUGAGACGUCGGCGGUGGCGAACGGUGCCAUCUAUAUGAGCGCGUUCGCCCUCGUCCUUGUCCUGAACGUUGCUAUCAUUUUCCCGGGGCUGCUCUUGCUUCAGCCCAUCAGACUGUUAAAGGUUUUGCGUGCGGAGAAGGCGGCCAUUACUCCCCGACAACGCUUCCGAGCCAUAUACCCUAGCACCUACGAUCCGACAUAUGCGACUAGUUGUGCUGUGCUUGCAAUCAUCUUCGCUUCGGCCUUUGCUCUCAUCUUCCCCUUGCUUGCACCUGCUGUUCUGUUGCUACUUCUCCUGACUCUCAUCGCUCACAGAUUCCUCGUUGGCUACGUCUAUGGACGCACACUAUCCCAGACCGGAGGCCUUCUCCACAUGUGGCUUCUUCGCCGCCUCGGCACCGUCCUCGCCUUCCAACCGCUCCUUCUUGGGCUGAUCUUCCUCAGCCGUCGGAUCUGGAUCGAGGGGGGCAUCCUGUGCGGCGCGGCCUUGCUGGUUGUUAUCAUCGUGGAGAGCUUCUGCAGCUGGAGAACACGUGUCCCUGGACGACGCUCCCUAUCCCCGAUCACGCAGGACUCCCUAGCGACGUUCGAGCAUACUGCCUCGCCUGGGAAGCGACGAGACGUGGACGAGGAGAGCACGAGCCUCGUCAGCUCCGCGCGGAACACUACUCGUGCACGAGGCUCGUUCGCGUCGGUGUUAGAGAUGAUGUCUCUGACGCUCGCUGUCACCCCUUCCGCUUCGGAAAGCCGGGGUCCUGUACCACUCGAAACCGAGAACCUGGAUGACCUCACUGCCACCGAGCGGGCUGCGCGCACGAACCCAGACGCGCCACCACAUCUCCCUCCCCUCCCUUUCGCCGACCACGCCGAGGAGAUGGCGGGGGUGCUCUACGCACCGGAGCUCCUCGCCCCGCCGCCUAUGAUCUGGCUUCCCAGCAACGACGUCGACGGUAUCUCGUGGACCGAAGCCCGCGACCUCCUGCGGCACCACAACCUUAUUGCGACAUUGGAUGUACGCACAAAGGAGGAUGUGGCUCCGCGCCGCUCCGAGACGUCCGAGCAGUCGCCGCAUUCGAGCUCCCCGCACGCGUUGUAGUCCCGCGAUAGAUUUGAAUCGUUGCUCUCCCAUUCUUACUCCUUAGGAACCACUUACCGGACGAUUUACGACUGUAGUGCUAGGAUGAACUCUCUGUAUGCCUUACGAUAUGCCAAUGUGUUGCGUCGGUGUAAUACAAGUCUGGAAACGUGGACCAUGAUUCAG